GUGUUGUGUGGUUGAGUGCGUGCGUGCUAGCCUCGCCAUACACCAAUAAUAUUAUUUUGUAAACUUAUAUUCAGCGUGCAGUCCUGUUCUGCCAUUUCGCAUUAUUUCAUCUCUCUAUCCUGUUUUCAGACCGCAAAGCAAAAACAAAAUGGCUGCCUUCACAGCUGCCGCUCCAACCCCAUCCGUCGCCCGCCCCACUCUUAUUACUCCCAAGAGAUCAUCAGGAGUUUCAUCCUCCCCUGUUCUUGGGCUGCCAGCAAUGGUGAACAAAGGACGAGUUAGAUGUUCCAUGGAAGAAAAGCCUGCUGUUCCAGAAUUUGGCAGCUCAAAGGCAGGCAUGGAUAUGGGUAUGGGUAUGGGUAUGGGCAUGGGGGCAUCACUGAUGGCAGCAGCUUGCGCGGCAUCCGUGUCAAGCCCAGCCAUGGCCUUGGUGGAUGAAAGAAUGACCACAGAGGGAACUGGCCUCGCCUUUGGUCUGAGCAACAACAUCCUUGGUUGGAUCCUUUUCGGCGUGUUUGGUCUAAUCUGGGCUCUCUACUUCGCUUACACCUCCACCCUUGAGGAAGAUGAAGAGUCAGGGUUGUCCCUCUAAUGAAACCUACACGCUACACCCAUUUCAGUACUACUUGAUUUGAAACCAUUGUAUUGUCAUGUAGGUGUUGAAAAUUAAUUAAAGCAUGUUCAGAACGUGGGGCUUGGCCCUAGCCUCCUUGUGUUGCUAUUUGUAAAACUACAUUGCAUGUAGAAUUUGUGUCCUUGUCUCUCAAGUGUGUUCCUUCUCUCCCUUUCAUUGUUUGUUACUCGUGUAUACUUAGCUUGAUUGCCUAGAAAAAUUAGCCAACCAUGUUAAAACCGUCCUGCUGAAGUUGGGUUCGAGGAAGGAUAGAUGUACGUGUACCGUUGUCUCCAUGUGUAAAAAAAUUGUAUGUACCUCAACUCUUAUCACAAAGCAAAUGAGAAGUCUCUCCUUUGCUAAAA